UAUUAUUUACCGUCCGUUUAAAUGACGAGCGUGUUUUUAACUGAGCUAACGUUAGCUAAAGGUUGCCAGUCGUUAAGCUAGUAAACAUCCAAUAACAACUAACGAGACUAACGCUGCAGCUGAGUCUGAGUCUGAGUACUGCAGUAGUUACUUCUCCAAAUGAUCAUACAAAAGGAUGGAGGCGUGUAUGGUGAAGCCAGAAGUCAAAAAGAAACCAAAGCCGCCGAAGCCUCCCCCAAAGCCUGCAGAGGUAAAAAGAAAUGACCCAGAAAAACUAGAGAAACCAACUCCUCUGGUGCCUCAACGACCUGCAGACACUGAACUGAGUCAGACGCAAUACCGAAUGAAAAGAGCAGCAAACAAUGAGGCUAAUGGAAACUUGAUGCAAACUCCUGUGGUUCCACCCAGACCCAAAGAAAAGGAACUUAACACAACCAGAUACAGCCAACGCAGGAGGGAACAGGCUGAGGACGCACAGAGCCAAUCCGAAGAUGCCAAAAAUGAAGCAGAGAUCAAAAAGAGUGAUCAGCCGGUCCUGACUGGAUUGUUUCGACGUAGCCAAAAAGAGAAAACGUCUACGUUCACUAGUUACGUGGUCCACGACAAAGAGAAAAAAACUGAUGAUGUCGCAGCCAAACAAGCUCCUGGCAGCAAACCGGGCGGUCUGAAGGGAGUAAUGAAAGGGUUACAAAUCAAGUCGUCACCAAAGGCCAGCAGAGACCCAAGUCCAGAUCCCAGCGCAGAGGAAGCCGGCUCAGAAAAGGAACAAUCUGCAGAAAAAAACAAGCAGGAAAAGAAUGCAGAAGCCAAACAGGACAUUGGAGGUCUGAUCGCUGGAAUGUUUCGGAAAACACCCAAAGAGAAAUCAUCGUCUCCUGCUGUGACGUUAAGCAAAGCAGACAGUGAUCCUGAAGAUGCAGAAGAAGCAGAAGAUAAGGAAAAGGGAAACUUCUUCUCUGGCAUCCUUAAAAAAUCCAAUAAACCAACAGAUGAGACACCUGCACAGGACAAUCUGAGUGCUCAUAGUGAGCUGUCUGCCAGCAAUGACAGCCUGUCUGAAAACAGCGACAAUAAGGAAAAAGGAGGAAUAUUUAGCGGGAUGUUCAAGAAGAAACCAACAGAAGCGGCUCAAACUGACGAGGAUAAACAGUCGCAGCAAACGGGACCAGCAGACAGCAAUGAGUUGUCUGAGAACAACACCACUAAACAGGAGAAAGGAGGUGUUUUCAGUGGAAUGUUCAAGAAAUCUCCCAAACUGUCUAGGGCCACCCGACCGGAGGAGGGCGCAGAGUCGUCACACAGUGAACUCUCUGCCAGCACUGACAACCUGUUGGAGAACAAGGAGAAAGGCGGUUGGUUCAGUGGACUCCACAAAAAGACUCCCAAAACAACUGGAGAGGAGAAUCUAUCGGCGCAGAAAGACCUUUCAGCCAGUAAUGACAGUCUGUCUGAGGUUGCCAACACAAAGGAGAAAGGAGGUGCGUUCAGUGGAAUGUUCAAGAAGUCGACCAGACUUACAGACAGUCCUCCUACAGACGAAGAAACACAGUCACAAGACGAUGAACUCUCAGGCAGCAGGGAAGCUCUCAACACCAAGGAAAAAGGAGGAAUAUUUAGUGGAAUAUUCAAGAAACCUCCCAAACCGGCAGAAGCUGCUCAGCCUGAGGAGGAUGAGUCUCCUGACAGCGAUCUCUCAACCAGCACCGAGAAUUUAUCUGAGAACAAACAGGAGAAAGGUGGAGGGUUGUUCAGCGGACUCCUCAAAAAGACUCCCAAAGCGUCUGGAGAAAGGGCAGAGUCACCGGAACGAGAGACUCAGAAAGAGCUGUCGGCCAGCAAUGAAGACCUGUCUAAGAAUAACACCAAUAAGGAGAAAAAUAUUUUUAGCAACAUGUUUAAGAAGCCACAGAAACCAGCAGAGGACGCUGCAGCAGGCAAGGAGGUGGAGGUGAAGACAGAAAAACGGUUAUCUGGUAGCUGUGAGAAUCUGUCUGACACCACCGUCACGAAGGAGAAAAAAGGCGGCCUGGCGGGCAUCUUCAAAAGAUCAGCCAGCAUUGACAACCUGUUUGACGAGGAGAAAGGCGGGCUGUUCAGUGGACUGAAGAAGAAAACACCCAAAGCGUCCAGAGACGAGACAGCUGCAGAGGACAAAGACGACCAGAAGGAGCUGUCAGCAAGUAAUGACAAUCUGUUUGAAAACAGCAACACCAAGGAGAAAAAUAUUUUCAGUGGCAUGUUUAAAAAGCCUAAAACAGCAGAGUGGACUGCAACAGAUGAGGAAUCAAACGAGGAUAAGAAAUUAUCUGCCAGUUGUGAAAAUCUGUUGGAAGCAAACACAUCAAAGGAGAAGUCUGGAGGACUUGCGGGGAUCUUCAAAAAGUCCCCCAAACCAGCUCCACGCUCGAUCGCUACUAAGGAUCCUCUCAAUGAUAUGAAGGAGCUGUCCGCCAGCUGCGACAGCCUCACAGACAUUGCAGAGGAUAAUCUUUUAGCACGUGGUGAACUGUCGACCAGUAACGAUAAUCUUUCUGAAGCUACAAGCGCCACAAAGGAGAAAAAAGGAGGGUUUGCUGGAUUGUUCAGGAGGACGCCCAAAGCAGAACAACAGGAAGGUGAGGACAUGGAGGCACCAGAAGGAGGUGGUGGGCUGAGACGCAGGAGAACCAUCAAGAGGAAAAAACGAGUUGUGUCAUUCAGAGUCAAGAAAACUCUUCCCAAAAUACCGAAGCUUAAUCUAACUUCACAAGGUUCAGAAAAGCUGCCUCUUAUUGAGGAGGCUGUUGAGCUGCAGGAGCUGAACCCAGCACAGGAGAGCACAGUGGAGGUCCAGCCUGUGGAGAUGGCAGCUUAUCCUACUGAAGAAACCCCUUUUGACACUGAGCAGGAAAGUGAUGAGUUGAUGGAGUGGUGGAACACAGUCAAAGGUUGGGCAGAGUGGAACGAGAUAUCACAUUUCGAGGGUGAAGACGAGGAAAUGGCGAUGGAGCAGGCAGCUGAUCGUGUCUACAUGGCAGCCCGUCUGUUUGUUCGUCUUUUCAACAGGCGGGGGGCCGCCUUGCAGCAUCGCAUCCUGGAGCUUUUGGCUCUGGCCGACGCUUCGGAUCAGUUCCACAAAAAAACGGUGUCGGCUGCAGUGGGUGGAGGGGUGGCCAGUGUCGCAGGCAGCAUCGCAACAAUCACAGGGCUCAUUCUAGCGCCUUUCACUUUUGGUGCAUCUAUUAUUGUCACGGCGGUGGGGAUCGGUGUGGCGACGGCGGGCAGCAUCACCUCAGCAACAGCCAAUAUCACAGAUACAGUUCACUCCACCUCGGACCGUAAGAAGUUGGAGAAGAUGAUCCAGGACUACCAGGAGGAGAUCAAAGACAUCCGGGAGUGUUUGGAGUUUGUGCAGGCAGGUAUGGACACCCUGCAGGACUGGGACUUUGAGAAAUACUCAGAGAGCGCCGCCAAAAAGGCUCUGAACCACAACCUCAAGCAUGUGAUGAAGGAGGGCGGCCGUGCCGGAAAAGCCCUGAUGAUCAACACAGAUAAGCUCAUCAGCACUGUGCAGGUUUUAGGCGCUGCAGGCGGCGUCGCCAAAGCCGCCCAGGCCAUCAGCGUCACCACAGGGGUCAUGUCGGCACUCUUCCUGGCUCUGGAUGUUUUCUUCCUCGCCAAAGACUCCCACGAGCUCCGCAAGGGCGCCAAAACUAAGUUCGCCACCAAGAUCAGGGACGUGUGUAAAGAACUUCAAGAAGGCCUCCUGGAGCUGAACAAGGUGAAGACGCAGCUGCAGAAAACCAUGGAUGGCAUCGAGGUGGAGGAGUACGAGGAGAUUAAGGAGGUGGAGGAGGAAGUUGACGACGAUUUUGAGUCGGAUCCGAAGAAGCUGGCUGAGCUGGAGCAGGAGCUGGACCUCAUGGAGCAGAAACUGGACCAGAAGGUUGAGGAGGAGUACAAGAAGAAUAAAGAGAUAGAGAAGGAAAUUUUGAAAAGUAAGAAAGAGAAAAAGGAGGAGAAGAGCCUGCAGGAGAAAGGAGAGCCAGAGGAAAAGAAGGAAAAAGAGGAAAAGGAGGAGGAAAUGGGUGAAAAGGAUGCUAAGACAGAGGAAAAGAAGGAAACUAAGAAGGGAGAAAGCAAGAUUUCUGAUGAGGAAAAAGUGCAGAAAAAUGAGACUGUCAAAGCAGCCAAAGAGGAAGUUUUAAAAGAACAACCUCAGAAAGGAAAGAAGGACAAAGAAAGUGAGAACCGAAUUACAGCUGGAAAAGAAAAGCAUGAGAGCAAGCGAGACCAGGCAAAAGAAGGCAAUGUUACAAAUAAGAAGAUAGACGAGGAAGAGAAAAAUAAAAUUAGACAAGAACACGAGGAAAUUAAGAGCAGAUCAGGUGAUUCAAAACGAGAGGAGCCGAGUGCAAAAGCAUAUUGGGCAAAGACAGAGAAAGAAAGUGAAAGGCGUAAGAGCAGCAGAGAGGAUGAAAGAGAGAUAAAGCCUGAAUGGAGAUCGGUGAAUAAAGAGACAGAGGUGGAAAGUGUGAGUACGAGGAGGCACAGCAGCAGCAGGAGCGACAAAGAUAGACCUCACAGGCGUGAAAGAGGGAGCAAACAUGAAACGAAAGAUGAGGAAAGAGGCGGAGACAGAAUGCAAAGUGACAGGAUGGAGAGCUGGAGGAGGACAGAGGAGGAGAGAGGAGUGAGGGACUGGAGAGCUGAGACGGCAAAAGGUAGAGAAGUAAGAGAGACAGAGAGAGGUACGAAAAGGGAAGAUCAUGGAAAAAGUGCCGCGAGGAGGGAGUCACAUCGAAGUCACGAAAUGGCGUCAAAGAGGGAGCAUUCAGAAAGAGAGUCGGGGAGCAGCAGGGAGGAAUCUGACUCAAGGAGGAGUCACCACAGGAGAGAAACGGCUCCGCAUGAUGACCACAGGGACAGGGGAGAUGAGAAACGAGUGAGCAGGAUUGAGAGCGCGAGGAGGAAGUUUGAGAGAGCAGGGGGUGAGGAGGAGGAGAGGACGAAGAGGAAAGAGGACGGAGAAAGGACAGGAAGUGGCAGAGAGAGGAGAGGAAGUGACAGAGACAGGGAGCGUGAACACGGCCACCGAGGAUCUCGACGUAGCUCCAAGGCGCUGCAGGAAGACGGUCUGAAUAUUUAGUUUCAAAGAAGUUAGUGGCAUUAUCAUCAUCACAUUAAAGGUGAGGUUUUGGAUUAUUUUAAGUCCAACUGGAAUUGCCAAAGAAAUUUUUCAUUGCAAGUCAAAGUGUCUGCUGUGAAAAAGGUCAGUGAAUCUGAUUCAGUUAUGCUGGCUCAGCUAUCGAGAUUCAGCUUUGUGAGAUUUACUCAGAAUGUAAAGUAGAAGACGGAGAGACUUUUUAUAGGAGAGAAAGGGAUAAAACUGGUGAUCAUGCUCAUCAAGUCAAAUCUGAUGUGAGGAAUCCCGUCUUCAUACUUAGGAUUUUUAUCUUUAAGUUCCCUGUGAAUAUAGCAGGAGAACUUUGUGUCAUUGUGUAAAAACUUGUCCGGUUUGUGCAAAGUUUAGAGCGUAUUCUUCAAUGACACUUAUGAGAAACAUAGCGAAUUAAAUUAAAAUGCAAUAAAGUUAUACGUUGAAAUGUUUUCAACUUCCUAAGGGGAGUAUGACAGUAAAAGGUUGGGGACUGCUCGGAUAAUUCAUGCUGAAGUCGAGCUUUCAGCAACUAGUAACACUCAACGUAUAUUUGGGCAUGUUAAUGUUAAUGUGGCUAUAUUGCAUGCACAAAGGUAGAAAACGUCAGAGCCUAUUCUGUAGUCGUGAGUGAUAACAGGUAAUAGUGUUAACUGUUCCAGGUUCACUGCAGUUCACUGCUUCUUGCUGAAAAGCCAAUUUAUCAAAGGUUUUGGGUUUUAGCUUUACAGGAAAGAAUAAAGACACUGUGUGUAGACAUAUUACGUGAUUAUGACCUCUUCCUAAUUGGUGUGAAUCCUGGAAGUAACUUUUCAACUCUUUUGAUUUGUACUCAAUUCAAAAGAAAAAUUAUUAAAUAGUUCACAUAUUUCGUACAUUAUUGGCAUUAUUCAACUUUUAAAUCCAGCUAUGCAGUGUAGCUUGUAAUUAAACCCAUUCCCUUUUUUCUAACAUUUCCUACUACUUCAUCUCCUUCUUACACAUUUAAAGGACCAGUGUGUAACAAUUAGGGGGAUCUAUUGGCAGAAAUGGAAUAUGAUAUUAAUAAGUAUGUUUUUCUUUAGUGUAUAAUCACCUGAUAAGAGUCGUUGUGUUUUCGUUACCUUAGA